AUGCCCAGGGAAUUUAUUCAGUCUAGUCGUAAGAAGCAGCGUGAAGAGGUGGAUGGAGUGGGAGCCAACGAGGAAGAAGGAGCUAUUGGUCUGAGCAAUGACCAUAAGAGCCGAGAACAAAUGAUAAAUGACCGGAUCGGUUACAAACCUCAACCCAAACCCAGCAACCGUUCCUCCCAGUUCGGAAGCUUUGAAUUCUAGAGUUUAGGGGGCCUGCUACUUUGUGGGCAGCUGAGCAUUGGACUCUGAGGUUGCGUUCCAGACUGUUCUGGCAAAGAUGUUCAAAGGCUGUUUGCAUAGCUCUAGAGUUGGCUGGGACUGGCCCGGAUUUGCCAACGAGUCUUGGGCUUCAAUAAGGGAAAGUGUUUGCCUCUUUCAAAGACUAGUGGGUGUGUUUUAACUUGACUGAUUACUGCAUUUCCAGAGAUCUCUCUGCCCAGCCACUUUGUUUUAAAUAAAUAUUUUUUUUAAAUGAGA